AUGGAGAACGAAAUCCCCCUCCCCCCGCCACCCCGGAGGAGAAAGUCGCACCGCCCGUCGCGCUUCGACGACCGCUCUAGCCAACCGUCCAGCGACCCUGCCCUUUUCUCCAGUGAUGAUAUCCCAGCCUCCGGCCUGGAGAAUUACCAUGCGCCUGCUCAUGGAAAUACAGGGAGGAAGAGGCGAUACCGCGGUACGUGGUGGGGUGAAACGGUGCUGGAUCCGAAGCGGAAACGAAAGGAUUUCAAGGAUAAGCGGUUUGUAGACAGUGGUGUGUGGAUGGGGAGUGAUGAGUCGUUCGCGGAAUCACUUUUACCGUCGGAGGAUGCGCCUAUCUCCGAAGAUUUCUUCAAGGACUUGCGGAAUUCGAACCCGAGAGUGUCCAGCAAAGAGGAAGAUGCUGUGCCUUUUGGGUUUGCAGCUCCAGGUCCGCAGUCCGUUCUGGGGACGGAUCGGGGCCCGAUAUCGAGACCGCAGCCGCAAAUGGUAGCCCAGCCUCGCGUGGCGUUUAGGAGAGUGGUCGAGUCGCAAGAGCAUCAGUUGGCUAGAGCGAUUGUAAAUGACUGUCUGGAGAAGGGCCAGGAUAGUGUUGACCUAAGCAUUGGCAACAUUAGGGAAAUCCCUUCUAAUCUACUAGGGCCCCUACAACACCUCACAAAAUUGCCUGCCAUACGAGAACCCCCGGUCACUGAGGACGUCUACUCUUCACUAGAGCCAUUCCUCCGACUCUUCCUGGCCGGGAACUCUCUGUUCAAACUCUCGAGCGAGCUCUUUGACCUGACCUCGCUGAAGGUUCUCAGUUUGCGAAAUAACAAGCUGACCGACAUCCCACCGGCAAUUCGCAGACUGACGUCGCUGCAAGAUGUCAACCUCUCAGUCAAUCGGUUGCAAUACCUCCCCUGGGAGUUCCUGUGGUUAAUUAGGAAGGGCGAUUUGAAGCAUCUGAUUGUCCGUCCAAAUCCUCUAUUGCAGAUUGACGAAGCGGAAAUCGCUCACUGGAAUUACCCUAAUAAUACAACACCAGUAUCAUUAAACGAAUCUCUACGUUUACAAGAGUAUGAAUCACCGGUACCCGAUGAGGCAUGGGCCCCCAUCCACAUCGCCACGGGUCCCACCCGCCGCUUCAACACAGAUGGCUACCCCAUACCAGAAGCACAAAUAAACACAGCACCCUCCAACGAACUCAAAUCCAAUGUCCCAUCCCUCCGCGAAGUGUCUCUCGUCUCCCUCAACAAAUCUAACUUCUUCGAUCUUACCCCCGACUCCGACAUCGCAGAUCUCCCAGAGCUGAUGCUCCGGUUACUCCGGUACGGUAGGGAGGUCAGAGCUGCAGGUGGCCGGUGCUGCUCUAUCUGUCACCGAAACUUUGUACUCCCGCGAACUGAAUGGAUCGAGUGGUGGGAUUGCAGCACGUACGAGAACGGACUCAAGGGGCCGCGCGCAUCGGGCGAGAAACUACGGCCGUUGCCGUUCAAGAGGUUGGGUUGUAGCUGGACGUGUGUGCCUGAUAUGAAGUCGGUAGAGGUUACGCAUAUUCCAGAGGAGUCGACUGCGGAGUAA